CAGUUUUCCCGCGGUUUGGGCAGCGGGGAGGAGAGCGGCACCGGCGGCCCCUCACUGUUGCUGCCCGCGGCGGGCGCCGAACGGCGGUGCCUCUAGGGCCGCCCGUGCGCGGGCUGUUAUGCCGCCCAAGGCCCCCCGCAGGACGGGCGCCGCCGCCGCCCGGAGCCAGCGCACUAGCCCUGACAGCGGCUCCGCGCCGCCGCCGCCCGCGGCUACACGGCUCGAAAUCGGUGACGCUGACUUCAUUGCCCUCUGCGAUGCUCUGAAAGCGUCGGAUAGUGUGAGAGAGAAAGCGUGGAAGACGUAUGAGAGCUUAUCGGCUGUGGAUGGAGCUCUGGCUUACAACAAAAAGAGAAAAGAAACAUGGGGAGUCUGCAUCUUCAUUGCAGCAGUUGAUCUAGAUGAAAUGACAUUUACUUUCACAGAGCUUCUGAAAAGUGUAAGCGUAAGUGUGUGCACAUUUUUUCAGUUUCUGAAAGAGGUGGAUGUUAACAUGGACACUGUAAGCACUAAAGUUGAUAGCACUGUAUCAAGACUGAAGAAGAAAUAUGAUGUAUUACUUGCACUAUACCACAAGUUUGAAAGGACCUGUGGCCUUAUUUAUCUGGAACAACCUAGUAGUGAGAUUUCUACUGAACUCAGUUCUAUAUUCCUAAAAAAUUGCUGGAUUACUUUUUUGCUGGCAAAAGGUAAAGUGUUGCAAAUGGAAGAUGACCUGGUGAUUUCUUUCCAGUUGUUGCUGUGCGUCUUAGAAUAUUUUAUCAAGCUGUCGCCUCCUGCUAUGCUCAAGGAACCAUACAAGUCUGCUGUGACUGCAGUGGCUGUUAAUGGCUCAGCUCGCACUCCAAGAAGAGGUCAGAACAGGAGUACACGUGCUUCAAAGCAAGUUGAUACUGAUACAAAAGUUAUUGAAGUCCUUUGUAAAGAGCAUGAUUGUAAUUUAGAUGAGGUCAAAAAUGUGUAUUUCACAAGCUUUAUUCCUUUCUUGAAUUCCAUUGGUGUUGCAGCUUCAAGUGGACUACCAGAGGUUGAAGUUCUCUCCAAACAGUAUGAUGAGCUCUAUCUCAGCAACAAAGAUAUAGAUGCAAGAUUAUUUCUGGAUAAUGAUGAAACUCUGCAGCCUGAUGUCACAAGCUCACAGUUGAAGACAACACCAGUGAAAAAUAAUCCAGAUGAGGAGUUUAACCCUAUGCUUCCACAGACUCCAGUUCGAGCUGCAAUGAAUAACAUUCAGCAGUUGAUGAUGAUUUUAAACUCAGCAACUGAUAAACCUUCGGAUACUCUCAUCAUGUAUUUCAAUAAUUGCACAGUGAACCCUACAGAUAGUAUCCUGAAAAGAGUGGAAUAUUUUGAGCACAUCUUCAAAAAGAAAUUUGCUGAAGCGGUCGGACCAGGGUGCGCUGAAAUUGGUUCACAGAGGUACAAGCUUGCAGUACGUCUGUAUUACAGAGUAAUGGAGUCUAUACUGAAAUCGGAGGAAGUGAGGCUCUCUGUGCAUAAUUUCAGCAAACUUCUGAAUGAUAACAUCUUCCACACAUCUCUUCUGGCGUGUGCUGUUGAGGUUGUCAUGGCUACAUAUGUCAGAAAUGCUUCACAAAGUGAUACUACCAGUGCUGAAACACACUUGUCUUUCCCAUGGAUUCUCAAUGUGUUUGAUUUAAAAGCUUUUGACUUCUACAAAGUGGUUGAAAGCUUUAUUAGAGCAGAGCCAAGCCUAACAAAAGAAAUGAUGAAACAUCUAGAACGCUGCGAACAUCAAAUCAUGGAGUCUCUUGCCUGGCAGUCUGGGUCCCCCCUGUUUGACCUCAUCAAGCAGUCAAAAGAACAAGAAGGCCAAACUGAUCAGCCUGAGCCCACUUCCACUUUCAAUAUGCCUUUCCAACAUAAUCACACUGCAGCAGACCUCUAUCUUUCUCCUGUGAGAUCUCCAAAGAAGAAAGCAUCUGGACCUUCUCCAAGUGCUACUUCUUCUCCAGAUGCUCAGCCAGCUGCAAACUCUCAAACACAGAAACCACAAAAGUCUACCUCCCUCUCUCUGUUCUACAAAAAAGUGUAUCUGCUGGCAUAUCUUCGACUACGUACCCUCUUCUCUCGCCUUCUCUCUGAGCAUCCUGACCUAGAACCCUUGAUCUGGACCUUAUUCCAGCACACGUUGCAAAAUGAGUAUGAACUCAUGAGAGACAGGCACUUGGAUCAGAUAAUGAUGUGUUCCAUGUAUGGGAUAUGCAAAGUGAAGAAUGUAGAUCUUAGAUUUAAAAUAAUAGUUUCAGCAUACAAGGAGCUCCCCAACACGAACCAGGAGACUUUCAAACGUGUUCUUAUCAGGGAGGAACAGUAUGACUCCAUUAUAGUCUUCUACAACUUAGUGUUCAUGCAGAAGCUGAAGACCAACAUUCUGCAGUAUGCCUCCAACAGGCCUCCCACUCCAUCACCUAUCCCACACAUGCCUCGCAGCCCCUACCAGUUCUCCAACUCUCCUCGGCGUGUCCCUGCUGGCAAUAACAUCUACAUCUCGCCCUUGAAGAGCCCAUACAAGUUCUCCGAUGGCUUUCAGUCGCCCACCAAGAUGACUCCAAGAUCCAGAUUUUUGGUGUCCAUUGGUGAAUCAUUUGGGACUUCUGAUAAGUUUCAAAAAAUAAACCAGAUGCUGUGCAACAGUGAGGGCCAGCUGAAACGCAGCGCAGAAGUGACCACUGCUCCUAAGCCACUCAAGAGGCUACGCUUCGAUAUAGAAGGGCAAGAUGAAGCAGAUGGGAGCAAACACCUACCCCAGGAGUCCAAGUUCCAACAAAAGCUUGCAGAAAUGACAUCUACUCGAACAAGAAUGCAAAAGCAGAAACUGAACGAUGGGAAUGAUACCUCAGCCAGUGAAGAAAAGUGAGACUCAGAAUUCUCAGGACCAGGGGCUGCACCGCUGGCCCUUCUAGAUUGGUUUUGGUUUGCAGCCUUCAUUAACUGAGUUGCUUUUUUUAGUUGCUUUUUUUCCCAAACUCCUAGAUGAAAGCAUUUGAACUUCUAAAGUUUUUCAUGAUACUUUGCCUUAUGAUGUAGCAUAUAUACCAUGUAAGCCACUGAAUUUAAUUUAUAUAUAUAUUUUUUGGAGGAUAUUAAAAACAGACUUGGAAGGUGACUUAGUUUCUUAUUGCAGCAUUACUGAUUUAAGCCAAUUCAGUCUGUCUACACAGAUUGGAUUCUUCUGUCUAAAGACAAAAUGUGAGCUUAGUGAUUUGAAAUGCACUAAUUUUGUUUCUUAAGAUUCCAUUUUUAGAUUUUUAUUGCUUGCAAAUGUUGAAAAUAAGGGGCCAGAUACUGCAAAGAUUUAAAGAUGAAUGCUUUAAAUUCCCAUCAACUGCACAGCAGUUACAGACCUUGUAGAGCCAGGAGCUUGCCUCAGAAGUGCAACCCGAGUUCCAAGUGAACUCGUUCUGGAGCCAUACUACUGAAACCAGUACUUGGUGUUCUGUUUGUUUUCCUGCUCCAGCUCUUGCCCCACUGCCAUUUCAGAGGGCAGUUACGCUGUCUAUCAGUUUGAUUUUCAGGGACUGUGAAGCCCACAGAGAUUCCUUCCAGAACUCCACAGAGAAGCUUGGCAGAAGCUGAAGCUUGUUCCCGCAGAGUACUUUGAUGUCCACUUUGUUAUCUUGGAAAAUCUCAAUUUUUGGAAAAAAGGACAAAAGAAGCUCAAACUUAAACCCAACCUGGUAGGUAGGAGACACCAACAUUCCUUCAUUCCUUCAGUUUUUCACCUGACUGCAGUCAAGCCACAUAGCUUGAAAACCAGGCAGCAAACCUCUUAGCUACAGCUGAAAACUGAGUAGUGUCUCCAGUUGGAUUUCAGGUUAAGAGCAGCCUGUGUCUCAAAGCACAGGGCAUCUCACACAGGCCCUACUGCAGCAUCUGCACAGGAGCUGAACUCGGUGAGCCCGCCUGGGAAAAUCAGUCUGCCUUAUGUAACUGAGAAGGCAACUUGGGAGCUGCUGCAACUAGCACAAAACCCCUCAAACAACACAAACCAUUUUUGAUCUUAGGUAAGUUAACUGAUUCAGCUGAUGGAACUUGUUCUUGCAAUAACAAAGUGUUUGCAAAACAGCCAGUUAGGGGAAAGCACAGGUUUUACUUCCAGUGGGUUAAAAUACAUAUGAAACAAAUGAAGACUCACUUUUAAAUGACCUCUUUUAAUGAGACUUAGCUUUUGCAGAUAUUUAAAACUGCUGCAGUAGAAAAACAUGCUUGUCAUUACACAAACUGUUUAAACCCUCAUCUUUUACAGCUAGAAAUUGUUUACCUGAACCUAGAGUACUUAAAAUAGUACAUCUUUAAAGAUCAGUUCUCUUGGCAAACAGAAGCUAAUCCUAGACCUACUAAACUUGUACCAAAAGCAUUCUACUGAUGAGACAGUAAAGUUGUCAACUAAAAUUGAGUUCUCUUUUUAGUCUCAAUCUGGCUUCCAGUUUACUCCUGCAAAGCCUACAGGAGUGUUAGGAGUACCUUAUGCUCAUGAUCUCACUUCAUACAGUGUUUUGCAGACAGAAUGUAUGUUAACAUUGGGGUGCACUGACCAUAAGCUCUGUUACAGCCACCGAAGUUCUUCCAUAAUCCUUUGGCUAGAGCACGGUGACCUUACAGAGUCCAGCACCAAACCAGAUUGAUGAUUGCUUUACUGUGACAGUGCUUUUGUUUGUUUGUUUGUUCAGACUGAAGGCUUUACAUCAAAUGUACAAUAUUUUAUACAACUAAUCAGUUUCUCUCCUUUCAAGAUAAAUAAAAUAGCUUUAAAAGGA